AAUCCAUUCACUAAGCCCCCCCCGUCGUGACGCAUCCUUAUCCCAUCCCAUGUUGCUUGACAGGUUUACGGCCGUUUACCUGCCCUGCUCAAAAGUCAUAGCGGGUGGGUGGAUGUUUGUAUUGUAGGUGUGGGUGCGGAUAGACUAAUACUUGUAAUAACAAGGCAGCACAUCUUCCAAUACAGGUAAAUAUACUUACCAAUUACUUGUAUAUACACUUGCACUUACCCUGGUGGGUCUCGACUUCCGGAGCCUCCAUCAUCCAUCUACCCUCUUCUAUCAUCGACCUUCCCUCUUGCUCUCUCUCCCUCUCUCUCGUUCCCCAUACUUGUUUUCACUCGCUCUUGCUCUCUCUCGUUUUUUUCCUCUUCCCCCUACACAUACCUCACUCGCUCUUCGUCUGUCUUGCGUGCAUUCUGAUUUCCACUGUAUCUGUUUGCGCGCGUUGUCGGCGCUCUAGCAAACAUGCUGCGUUCGUUAUGCCCUUCCGGGCUCUUACUGUCGUUUGCGACCCAGUCCCUCGCUCAGUCCAUAUCCUUGUCGAUCGCCCCAAAGGCUACCGAUACAUCUGUUUCUGACGCCCUGGACCCGUCCUUCGCUGGCUUUGGUAUCGAGCCGUCCAAUCUGUUCACAUUCACUGGCGACGAAACCCCGAAUAAUUUCUCCAUCCAAUUGAUGCAGAACCUGGCAGACUACUCCGGAAAGCCCCCUCACAUUCGCUUAGGAGGAAACGCGCAGGACUACUUGAUAUACGAUGAGACUUAUAAGAAGGUUGCGUGGAAGCCGAACGCUGCGUCCAGCGCUCAGGGGACAUACGCCGCGGAUUCGAUCAUCGUCGGGCCGGGAUACUUCGAGGCGGUGGAAAGAUUCCCCAAGGACACUCCAGUCACCGUCGGAUUGAACAUGGCCUACAGCGGAGCAGACUACCUCGAGCGCAUUUCCACCAUGGCCCAGGCGGCGGUCGAUAACCUGAACAAUGUUAAAUUGUACUCUUUCGAAAUUGGAAACGAGCCCGAUCUAUGGUUGAAGAACCUGUUCCGAACUGCACCCUGGGACGGGAAGGUGUACACCCAGGAAUUCCUAGCUCGAGCGGAUGCCAUCUAUCAGCGCGUACUGAAGCCUGCCGGAUUGCCUGCGAACUUCUUCGAGGCCCAGGCCACGGCCAGUACCAUUGGAACCACCUUUGAGAUUAACAUGCUGAUUGAUGACGGGAUGCUGGACGAAGUGAACGGGAACAAAUACGUGUCGGCUUGGAACCAGCACGACUACUUCUACUUUUUCGAGGUGACACCCAAACCAAUAACACUUGACGACCUCAUGGACCUGGACCAAACCAAUACGCAGUUCCUCUACUGGGAGAAGCAGACCGCUAUCGGCUUGAAGACGGGCCUCCCAUUUGUGCUGCGCGAGAUGUGCUCGAUCGGUCCUAUCGGAUACCAUGGAAUUAGUGACACUCACGGUGCAUCUCUAUGGACUCUCAACUUCUUCCUCUACGCUGCCAGUCUUGGCAUCUCAUCCGUACAGAUGCACAUGACCGUAGACUCGAAUGCUUCAGCCUGGCAACCGCAAGUAUGGUACGGAAACCCCCAACACGUGCGACCCCAAUAUUACGCCCACGCCGCGAUCGCACAAAUCAUCGGGAAUGGCAACGGUACCACACAGAUUGCAUCGGUCAAGGCCAGCGGCAGCGGCGAUUACAAAGGCCGCAUUAGGGCGUAUGCCUCCUACGCGCAAGGUGUACUCCGGUCUUUGGUCCUGAUCAACUCCAAAAUGGCCAACUCCUCCGAGUCCAAGGGGAGCUUCACAUUCAACCUCGACUUGGGAAGCGACUAUCAAGACAGGGACGUAUUCAUAUCCUACCUUACGGCAGACGGUGCCGAAUCCCUCGAUACCACUACCUUCAACGCAAUGAAGUACUCUGACACAGACGGCCUGGCUUCGAGGGCCAAUGAAGACCCAGCCCCCAUCCGAACGUCCUCGACGGGAGCCAUCUCGAUCCCAGUGCGCGAUUCUGAAGCUGUGGUCGCCAACAUCGAAUGGCUAUUGGGCAGCACGGAGGUCAUCAACGGAGACGGCUCCAAGUUCAAGGGAAACAAGGCCUCGGCCGCCAUCCGCAUCAGCACGGGAGCAAGCACUAUCGUGUGGACGACCGCUACGCUCACCAUCGUCGCAGGGUUCUUCCUGACCGCAUAAAAGAGCGUGACUCCUUCGCAUCCUCUCACUCGCCAUUGUUUUUCAGCAACUUUCUCAAAAUCUGUUUGUUUCACAUGCAUGGCGCAGGCGUUACUCCAUAUGCAUUAGACCGUUUUCUUUUUUCAUGUUCCUCUUAUCUCUCUCACAAACUCUCUCUCUCUCUGUCUAUCUUACUCAAAUUCCCGAUAUAGGAAUCAGGAAUCGGAACCAGGUAUCCUGCCACACCCCCGCCCCAGGGUUAAUUCAACUGUUCGUACGGAGGCGCG